CAGGCUGCGGGCCGGGCUCGGGGAGGGGGGCGGAAGCGGCAGAGGGGCGGGGAGCGCGAGGAGGAGCGACGCGGUCCGCGCCGCCGCCUCUUCCCGCCGCAUGGACGAGCACCUCAGCCUGCUGCGCUCGCCGCCGCCGCCCUCCGCCCGCCACCGCGCCCACCCUCCCCAGCGCCCCGCGAGCGGCGGCGGCGCCCACAACCUGGUGAACCCCGGUUUCGCCGAGCCCGCCGCAGGCCCAGCGCUGCCGCCCGACAUGACGGUGGUGCCCGGGGACCACCUGCUGGAGCCGGAGGCGGCGGACGGCGGCGGGGGCCCGCCUCAGGGCGGCUGUGGCGGCGGCGGCGGCGGCGGCUGCGACCGCGACCGCUACGAGCCGCUGCCGCCCGCGCUGCCGGCCGCCGGGGAGCAGGACUGCUGCGGGGAGCGCGUGGUCAUCAACAUCUCCGGGCUGCGCUUCGAGACGCAGCUCAAGACCCUCUGCCAGUUCCCGGAGACGCUGCUGGGCGACCCCAAGCGGCGCAUGAGGUACUUCGACCCGCUCCGCAACGAGUACUUCUUCGACCGCAACCGGCCCAGCUUCGACGCCAUCCUCUACUACUACCAGUCGGGCGGCCGCAUCCGCCGGCCGGUCAACGUGCCCAUCGACAUCUUCUCCGAGGAGAUCCGCUUCUACCAGCUGGGCGAGGAGGCCAUGGAGAAGUUCCGCGAGGACGAGGGUUUCCUGCGGGAGGAAGAGCGGCCGCUGCCCCGCCGCGACUUCCAGCGCCAGGUGUGGCUGCUCUUCGAGUACCCGGAGAGCUCCGGGCCGGCGCGGGGCAUCGCCAUCGUGUCCGUGCUCGUCAUCCUCAUCUCCAUUGUCAUCUUCUGCCUGGAGACGCUGCCCGAGUUCCGCGACGAGAAGGACUACCCCGCCGCGUCGUCGCAGGAGCAGUUCGAGGCGGCCAGCAACAGCACGUCGGGGGCCCCAGCCGGAGCCUCCAGCUUCUCGGAUCCCUUCUUCGUAGUGGAAACCCUGUGCAUCAUCUGGUUCUCCUUUGAGCUGCUCGUGCGGUUCUUCGCUUGCCCUAGCAAAGCCACCUUCUCGCGAAAUAUCAUGAACCUGAUAGACAUCGUGGCCAUCAUCCCUUAUUUCAUCACUCUGGGCACCGAGCUGGCCGAGCGACAGGGUAAUGGACAGCAGGCCAUGUCCCUGGCCAUCCUGAGGGUCAUCCGGCUGGUGCGGGUCUUCCGCAUCUUCAAGCUCUCCCGGCACUCCAAGGGGCUGCAGAUCCUGGGCCAGACGCUGAAGGCUUCCAUGCGGGAGCUGGGGCUGCUCAUCUUCUUCCUCUUCAUUGGGGUCAUCCUCUUCUCCAGCGCGGUCUACUUUGCUGAGGCAGACGACCCCACUUCUGGUUUUAGCAGUAUCCCGGAUGCCUUCUGGUGGGCAGUGGUAACCAUGACAACCGUAGGUUAUGGGGAUAUGCACCCGGUGACCAUAGGGGGCAAGAUUGUGGGGUCGCUCUGUGCCAUCGCUGGUGUCUUGACCAUUGCUUUGCCAGUCCCUGUGAUUGUUUCCAACUUCAAUUACUUCUACCACCGGGAGACAGAAGGGGAAGAGCAAGCUCAGUACAUGCACGUGGGAAGUUGCCAGCACCUCUCCUCUUCGGCCGAGGAGCUCCGAAAAGCAAGGAGUAACUCGACUCUGAGUAAGUCGGAGUAUAUGGUGAUUGAAGAGGGGGGCAUGAACCAUAGCGCGUUCCCCCAGACCCCUUUCAAAACGGGCAAUUCCACGGCCACCUGCACCACGAACAAUAAUCCCAACUCCUGUGUCAACAUCAAAAAGAUAUUUACUGAUGUUUAAUAUAUGCUACAAGUGACAUGCUGUGCUCAGUAUUGUGUGGAACGUGCCCCCUUGGUCUGUGUAUGCCCUUGUUUUAUACAUUUCCAGACCAUUCAUCAAGGAAAGGACGUGAAGAAGUGGAAAGCACACUUCAUUUUCCCUCUCCCUACUGCUUCAUACUGAAACAGGUGUCAGUUUUGCAAGUGGGCUGCAUUCUCUCAGCUCUCCAUUUUUUUUCUCUCCCCCUUCUGUAAUAUCGCAAAGAACAAACUUACUGUAAACUUCAUUUCUAGUACACACCCUCUUAAAAAAAAAAAGUACAUCCUGGGAGGAAAUGAAACUAAAGAACAGUUAGAAUAACUGCCUAACCUCAGAAUUGAAAAGACAGUUGUUUCUUUACUAAGUAAAGAAGGCACAUACUUAAAGGAUGCUUCUGUUUGCUGUACCCAUUAACAUUAUUGACUAUUUAGUUCAGUUGCCUUCGCUGUGGAUACGUGUAUGAGAAGUCUAAUUAGAACAAUGACUUGUAAACCCACUGUAAGUUUAUUUGUUUUUUUUUUUUUUUACUGGAAUUUCUAUUCAGAACCCCUCCCAGAAUUUUAAACAUUUCUACCAUUUUGAAUAAAGGGAAAUGCCCAAGGUGUCCUGAUCUGACUAAAUCAGUUGAACUCUUUGAGGCUUGUUAAGCAUUUCGAAAGGGGGGCAGACAGGCAGAUUCCUCUGAAGUUCUGUGUGUGUGUUCCUGGCAACAUCUAUCAAAGUGUAGAAACAGAUGUUUUCAGUGCUGCUGAGAGAAACAAACAAACAGAAUUCCUAAUGCGUCUGCGAGAUAAGCUUCUGCAGUAUCACAAGAAGAUUAAAGUGGCAGACACUCCUUCCAGCGGAAGUUACUAAUUCGGACCUGACUGAUGCAGUUCCCAUAGCAACCCCUGUUUCCUGGGAAACCCGAAAAAGGUUGUCAUGGCAUCUCUUGCUCUCUAGCCCCACCCCCUAGCCCCUGCGGUUUCCACAGUAACCUUUCCAGAUGGUUCUUCCUUACAGGAUUUCAUAAGGAAAACCACUGUUUGAAUAAACCGCACAAAUAAGGUUAUGUCUGAGAAAAUGAGGUGGUGAAAUGAAUCACAAAAUGCAUAUUUUUUUUACUACAGAAAGUCACUGAUAUCAUCUCAUGACUGAAUCGGGAAGGAAAAUACCGCCUUUGGAAUGUUAGAAAUACACUCCAGUGAGGCAUGAUUUGAAUUAAAUGCCAAAAAUUAGGCAAUAACUUCAAAGGAUACUGUUUUCUUCCUCCAAGAAGUUUCAAGCCAACCAGUGAAAUUUAAAAGCAAAUGUAAAAGUGUUCUGUACGUAGGCAAAUGAAAGAUUCAGUCCAUGUACCUGAAACUUUUACUACAAGGAACCUUCAGACUUCCUCUUAAAAAAAGUUCCAGAUCCCACAAACAGCACUUGAAAAGCUAAAUAAACUUUAAAAAUACGAAGGACGCCUGUUUUUUAACUGAGGGAAUUGCAGACAAUCAAUAAAAAGGAGGGACGGGAAGUAACCACAUCCUGGGAAAAUUCCUGCAAGUUUCAGCCAUAUACCAGGGGUUGCCAGAAGACAAACAGAAUCAGGGUAUAACUAUUCGGUCCUAAAGGAAGUGAGAGUAACCCUAAUUCUAAAUCUCAUAAAGUUUUUUCAGAUACCUGAGGAGUCCCACAUAGAGAACUGUAGAGCUGCACUGGCCAGUAGGAUUCUCAUUUUUAGAUUGCCUCCAUCAAGAAUGCAGUGUUGCUGAUGAGCGGUGUGAUCUGUCUGCCCGCACAUGUUUUGUUUUAGCUGACAUUAAACCUGUCUCUGAUAAAUGCUUUAUAUAUAAAGGAAACAGCUCUAAAGCUCGAGGAUUCUCUUCAACUUGUAUGCAGUAUUAAAGAUAGUGAUAAAGAGAUAAAGAAGAACAUCAAAAAAUAUGAAGGGAUCAUUUCAGCCCUUUGACAUCUUGAUGAAAUCAGAUCACUCAAAAACUAAUCAGUACUGCCGAUAGAGAAAACCUAAAUGUCUGUUUGUAACAAGCCAACUAGUACUGUUUUCCUCUUUUAGUUAAUCACUGGACUGUGUUGAAUCCUGAGAUACAGCAAUGUUAUCUUCUGUGUUCUGGGUGAUGUGAAACCUUAUUUGUGAAGGUGUGUUUUGUACCAAAGGCUCUCCUACAUAGAUUGGCCCAUUUUACGUGUAAAUAAGUGAAGUCUACACUGUGCCCAGAUGAAUGGUAUUAAACAGACUGGCCUAAAAGAAAUGUGCCUUGCUUGAUUAAACAUCCUUUUAUUUUUUGAUUCAAAAUGAUAGAUUUGCAAUUAGUCUCAUAGGUAACUUUCAGCUUGAACAUAAAUUUAAAGAUACAUUAGUACUUAUAUGUUUAAGUUAUCUAUUUUAACUGAAAUUUUAAUAUUUAGUUAUAGUUUUCAGCAGUUCAUGUAUAAUAUACUCAUUCAAGUUAGUUUUCAUGUGAUGUUUGGUGUGGUGAGACAAAGCACAUUCUUAAAGAUAGAAUAUUUCAUCUAAUGUUUAUAGAAUUUCCUUCAGAUUAUAUCUGUAAAAGGUUUCUUGACUCAUUUUCUAUUUUUGUAUUUUAUUCCUUUAGAAAUGGAACUUUUUCAAUAAAAAAAGCAAAGUUUUAGUUGGAAAAGAGAUUUAGGAGGUCAUGAAGAUGAUUUCCCAUUUGGGGAUAUUUCACUUCUGUGCCAUUAUUAAUGUAUUUACUGUGACAUUUCAGCAGAAUGGUAGCUAUUUGUAUAUUAUUUAAUAAGCCUUAUGGAAGUCAAACUGUGAACAUUUGGUAUACUGAAGAUUUUUUUUCAUUUUCAUAUUUUAUUUUUGAAACAUACCUAAACAAAUGCAUAAAUAACCAAUUUCCUGUUAUUCAAGUGCAUAACGAUGCUAAAUUAUAAUAAGAGGGCUUGUAGAAUUUCCAUUACUAUUGAAGUAUUCCAGUAGCAAAGCCAAGAUUAUAACACUUUCUGAUGCCAUGUAGAAGGAAAUACAGUGAUGAAUUACAUUGUUAAUACAUAAGAAUAGGUAACUGAAACAGUCUUAUAGCUAUUAGCAGCAACAGAUGGGUAGGAGAUAUAAUCCAGGUAACUUUCUUUGAGGCAAUGUCUACAAUGAAUACUGUAAAAUCUGCUGGUAUUUUUUCAGUGGUCAAAAUUUUGAGACCAGAUCUCUCUAUUAAAAAGUGAAGUAAAAGAGUGGUAAGUAUCUCAGAUUUGAGCUAUGUGAACCUCCCAUCUGGGUGAUUUGUGAUUCAAGUGAAAACAGAGCCAAAGCCACCACCAUGUUUUUGUUCUGUGUUAGCCCACAUAUGAGAGACACUGGCCCAGGGAAUUGUCAAUCCAUUCUAGCCACCUAAUACUCAUAACUGAUGAUCCCAGACUGGUCAACAGUAAAGUAAUUCACAUCAGCUAUUGGCAUGAUUGAAACAAACCAAUUAACUGUCCUAUAGAGGUCUUUGACAUUCAGAUGUUUCAGUAAGGAUCAGUAGGCAUUACAAAUAUAGACAUUAGUACCACCUUCAGGAAACACCAAUGACACAACUUUAAGCAUUAUGUAUACUUUAUAUCAUGUCUGCAUUAUUAUUAUUAUUAUUACAGGCCACAGUUUCAAACAAAGACAAAGCCUGGACUUUGCAAUAAAAGCACAGAAUGGCACCAUAUGAGUAGACUGUCAUAUCCAAUAUGGUUCACCUGAAUGUGUGGCAAAAAUAUAGCAUUGGUCUAGAUAUCAUGAGACCAGAGUACUUACCCACUUUCUACCUGUGGGAUGCUAGAUAAGUCACUCACCUUUGCUAGGCUACAGUUUCCUGAAUUGCAAGGUGGGUGUGCUGGGUUAAAUAAUCCCCAAAGCCCUUUUUCAGCCUCCAAAUCCUCAUUUAUAUACAUUUGAAAAGGCUUUGAAGAAUACUUAAAGUACUCAGAUUUUCUUAUGUAUCUCAGAAGGAAAGACUACAUUGAAAUAAGAUUUAAACCUUGAAAGUGUCAUAAAUACACCAUUCUUCAAAUUGAGUGUGAGAAGAGGAAAUAGGAUUUUUUUUUUUCCUCCUCCGAGAAUUGUCACUGGCCUCUAAUGGGAUCAUGAAAAAGUAGAAAGACCACUCUGCAGAAUGGAAACAGAUUAAUGAAAUUGCUGGAAAGGAGGGGAGAUUAUUUGUUGAAUUUAAUUAGAUGUCAAUGUGAUUUGAAAUUGUAUAUGAAAUACUAAAAACAGUGCCAGAGCUUUACUACACACUCAACAUUAUAACCCCAGAGCAGAAGCAUGGGGAAAGGUUAGAGGGAUGGGAAUGUUUAUCUUAUGAUUGAUUUUUUUUUUUUUUUUUUUUUUUUUUUUUUUUUGCACAAGAGGCAGUUUGGUAGAGUUUAAGCAGGUGCCUGUGCCUUAGUGCUCACUCUGCUGAUAACUCAGGUGUCCUAGGGAAAGUACCUUUGACAUCUGUGACCCCCAGUUUCUUUAUCUGUACAAUGAAGACUUUAGUAAUUUGUCUGUUUUUCUACAUCUUUGAAAAUUCUGUAACAUUUUCAGAAUGUCCUGAUGCACAUAUACGUGGACAUGUUGCUCCUCUCCUGGCACUAAGAUGCCACAGAUCUCUGCUCACAUGACCGAACAGACUGCAAAUCCAGCUGUUCCUAUUUCUAAUGGACCCUCAGCAAGACAUUAAAAAAAAAGUAACUUUUAAUUUUGACCGUGGCUUACCUAUUAUGACUUACCAUUUCAUUUUUGAAUGUUGAGUUAAUUGAAACAAAAUUUCUGUUCUAGUGAAACUUCUGUUUAAAUUUUUGUAGCUUAAUAAACACUUAGCAAACCAGAAUUAAGUAUAUUAGGCUUGCCAAUGAACUGUAGCCGAUUGCAAGGUGCAUUUUUGUCUCAUUAAGAAGGUAAUGCUGUUUUAGUCCCAGAAUCAAUGGCUAUAAUUUGAAAUAACAUUCACAAGAAUUUGUAAAUUUUCAUGAAUACAAAAGAGGCCUGAUAGAGCCAUAUUGUAAUUAAUUUUGCUCAGGAGUGAGAAACAAAAUUCAGGGAUAACCCAAACACUUCUGUUUGGCUUUUGUGGACAGUUGGGAAAAGAACGGUUAUAGCUUUUGUACAACAUAGAUAAGAGAUAACUAUACCCAUUGAAAAACAAGAGUAUAUUCUGGUUGCUGGUUUUAUGGUAGAAAGAGAUAAGGAUAGAAAGAGGCUAAAAUAUGGACACUAGGGAAAUUGUUAAAAUGUUAGUCCAUUUGAGUAAUACAGAAAUAUUUUGUCAUAAUGAGAUUAUUUGUCCAGAGGUUUUAGUCUUAUAUCCUUCCAUUCAGAAAAGGGGGCAGUUUUUAAAGGCCUCUAUCAUAAUAGGAAAUGUAUAUUUUAACUAGCCGAGCAAUUCAUUAAAACAUUUAAUCUGAUGAUUUUUGGUUUUGUGAAUUCAGUUUAGGUGUAAUUGAGUCUCUUAUAUAUUCGUGUUAGUGAUAAUUGUGAAAAGUAGUUUUAUCUAUUUUUUUAAAGUUGUUGAAAUUUGCUCAAUGGUGAUUCUAGCAAAUUGUGUUAAUAUUGUAUCUUGCAACAGUUUGUGAACUGACCAUACAGAAACAAACCACAGUAGUAUCUCUUCCAGUAAAUUGUAUCCAUGAUGUGAUCUCUUAAUACUGGGUUUGGGGUGGGAAGGUUAAGUAUUUAGUUUAUUUAAAACUAAUUGUCAAAGUGUUUUUCCUGUAUGCCAUAAAAUUGUAUGAUUAUAAACCAAAUAGUAAUAUACUCUUCUUUUUUUUCAGUAUAGGCCAUUUUUGGAACUACCCCAUGAUAUGGUAUAAUUUCAGUUAUAAGUUCCUACAAGGGAAAGCAAACAGUGUAUGUAGUAUCUCUAUGUCAUAUGUUAAUGUAAUAAUAACAGUAGUACGUUUUUGAAAUCUUAGAUAGUAAUUAUGGAGAUAUCCAAAUACAGUUUUUUUCAUAGUGGUGUCUUACAUUUGUUUAUUAUGUCAGACUUUGUAAAGAUCCUCCAUAUCUUAUUUAAUCUUUAAAUAUGCAUAUAAAGUGGUAAUACGAUCUGAAGUUUAAACAACAGAUAGAAAGAUCAAGUGACUUGCCCAAGAUCAUAUGGCCAACAAAUGGCUCCAAAUCUCAUUUUUUUUACCCUGUUCUCCUUCUGUCAUAUUCUUUUGCCCCCAUAACUGCCAUAUCUUUAAAACUUUAAUUUAAAUCUAUUCUAAAUGAUAUGUUGGGAAAUUUCAGAUUUGGAGGACAAGGUAUUUUUUGCUCUUGUAAGCCCUUCUUAGAUACUUCCAGAAGACAGGGUGAGAGCCAAACAUUUUCCAUCUAGAACAUAUUAAGUCCGCACACCCUGACCACAGACACCAAAGCCAUGUGAUAUCAAAUGCUAGACUGAAAAGUUAUCUUCAUCACCUACCCUAAUGACGGAACAGUUGAAAGAAGCAAUAACCCAAGAAACAGCAGACAUUCUGAUUCAGGGAAAACAUACUAUCAGACCGACCAGUGGCUCCGACUCUCAGCUUGUUGUUAACCAUCCCAUGUGUUCUGUAAUGAGCAGAGGACAGGUGCGGGGGAGCGGGCAGAAAAACUGUCCUCAUUUUAAAUAAACUCCUUAUUUCUUAAAACUAUUAAAAAAAUUGGUUAUCAAAUAUUAGAUAACUGUAUUAGUACCAUUUAGCCACAGUUCAAAUAUGCGGUAAAGUUCAUCCACAUAUUUAAAAAUUAGGUAAUUUCCCAAAUAAAAUUAAAAUAUGACUGCUCAGUUUGAAUGUGGAGAAGGUUCAUGUGUUAAGUCGUGACAGAAUACCACACUUUAAUUCUUUUUUUCAAACAACAGAGAGGCACUGUUACUGCUUUCCCUUGUAAAUCAACAGUCUGUGAUACGUUCUGUACCCUUACUAAUUAGCAAUGCAGUGUUACUGUGCAUAAUUAAGUGGAGCAUAUGCUAUAUGAUGUCGGAAUUUACAAUUUUCUCACCUUAAAUUUAGUUCUUUUUAUCAAACAGCUAAGUCAAACAAGUAUUAUUUUGUAUGGAAUGAAAUAAUAGUCAUUCUCAAAUAAUGGCAUAAUAAAUAAUGGAAUUCUGAAUAAAAUGUAAAAUCAAACACUUUUUUCUAUAUUCUUUCGAUAUUGAAUUAUGUUAGUUUAUCACUUAUUAAUGUAAAGCUUAAGUAAGUUCUUAUGCCGUGUUCUCUAAUGUUCUUGUCAUAAUAAAUUUGAGCCUUCUGUUAAGUAAAUACAGUAAAUAUCUGUGAGUUGAUUAUGUGAUAUUUUUAUCUGAUCCAUUUAAAAAACUUGUCAUUGGCUUUAAAGUGUUUUCAUUGCAAAUAUUAUGUGCAGAAUUCAAUAAAAUAAAAAAAAUCCCAUCACUCAUA